GGGGUGACUCCGCGCCCCUUCCCCCGAUGAGACUGUGGCUGGGCUGGCUGGGCUGCUACACCCUGUUCCUGUGGGUGCUGAGGAGGAGGAUGUGGUCUGGCCCUGCCAGGUACCUGAGGAGCCCUUUAUCCAGGUCGCUCUACGUGAAUAUGAUGGGCAGCCACAGCCAGCCAGCCCCGGGCGCCAGGGAGAACCACCAGUGGUAUGUCUGCAACACAGAACAGUUGUCUGAAUCCCUUCAGCCUAUUUUUGUCCAGAGUUACCUUGACCAAGGAACACAGAUCUUCUUAAACAACAGCAUUGAGAAAUCAGGCUGGCUGUUUAUCCAGCUCUAUCACUCUUUUGUGUCCUCAAUUUUUAGCCUCUUUAUGUCUAGAACAUCUAUCAAUGGGCUGCUGGGAAGGGGCUCAAUGUUUGUGUUUUCCCCAGAACAAUUUCAAAGACUGCUUAAAAUAAAUCCAGAAUGGAAAUCCCACAGACUUCUCGAUUUAGGGGCUGGUGAUGGAGAAGUAACUAAAGUCAUGAGUCCUCACUUUGAAGAAAUCUAUGCCACUGAAUUGUCUGAAACUAUGAUAUGGCAGCUUCAGAAGAAGAAAUACAGGGUGCUUGGUAUAAAUGAAUGGCAAAACACAGGAUUUCAGUAUGAUGUUAUCAGCUGUUUGAAUUUGCUGGAUCGCUGUGAUCAACCACUGACUGUAUUAAAAGAUAUUAGAAGUGUACUGGAGCCAACUAGAGGCAGAGUCAUUCUAGCAUUAGUUCUGCCAUUUCACCCGUAUGUGGAAAAUGUAGGUGGCAAGUGGGAAAAGCCCUCAGAAGUUUUGGAAAUCAAAGGGCACACUUGGGAAGAACAGGUGAAUAGCCUGCCAGAAGUUUUCAGUAAAGCUGGUUUUGCCAUAGAGGCUUUCACCAGACUGCCAUACCUAUGUGAAGGUGAUAUGUAUAAUGACUACUAUGUACUAGAUGAUGCUGUCUUCGUCCUCAAGCCAGUGUAAGCGUCUAUGAAGUAAAUCUCCAGAAUCUAACCCAAGAAGCAGCCUCUGAAAGAGGGCUUUGAUUUAUGGUUACUUAAAGGGAGGGAAUUCGGGGACUGCCAUUCUAAAUAAAUACCAUGUAAGAAAUUUAAAGGCCAAAAUACUAAUGUAUUUCUUUGUAGUGCGACUAGGAAAAAAAGGUUGUUUUUUAAACAGACUCUUCAGUUGAGAAUUUCUUUUUUACCAGCUCUUAAACCAACAACGCAUUCUGCAAUCCAGCAGUAAUGGGGGAUAUUUUUUUAUACUUACCUGCAACAGGGAUCAGAUCCAAACAAAAGCAAUAGUCCUAAUAAUGAUGAAACUGAUACAAUGUGAACUGUUGUUAAAGAAAUCAAGUGAAAUCUGGCAAUAAAGUUAUCCAUUCAGUUCAAGCCUUGUUGAAUAUAAACUGUUGAAAUGGAUAUUCUUCCAUGCUGAGUUACUUUCUCUCUUACUGUCAUUCUUCACAUGUUUUUAAUCAUGCUAAUAAACUUUUUUUGAGAUGAC